AUAAAUAAUGUGAUUCAAGAGAUUGGAAAAUAUUAGCUCAUGAGCAAAAAAUAAAAUUUGGUGGAUACAAAUUAAACAUUGAUUUCCAUGCCUAUUUUGGGGGAAAAGUAAAUAUAGACAAAGACCAAAAGCAUGUGGAUAAACUUGUUUCAUCACAUUUUCUAGAACGCUUGAAUACUGUAGUAAUGAAUGAUAUACUGCUUAGUUUGCAACUUAUAAUAUUGUUGUGAUGAAUUAAAAUUAUUAUUUUCAUAUAAUAAAAUAAGACGAAUAAACAAACUGAAUAUUGCAUGUAAUUUAGGAGGCCAAGGUCUGAUACCAGUAUUUUCAAAAAAUAAUAAUAAAACUAAAUGAACUUUCUUAUGUAUCAUAAAGUGUGAACAUAUUGAUUAGUAAUCUUAAACACUGUUUUUUUUUAUUUAGACUUAAUAAUAAUAUCAAAAUAAUAACAUGAUUUCUAAAUAAUGUGAUUUAGAAGCUUGUUAGCAUUAGAUUUCCACUCAUUUGACAUGUUCAACCCAUCUAACAGUUUCAUAUUUAGCCACGGUUUUAAAUUCCCAGCUUAUAAUUGUAACUAUCACUUAAAAAUAUUUAUAAUGUAUCUAUGAUUUAUUGAAAUGGAAAUGCAUAUUUGUCAAAUACUGCAUUUUAUUCAAUUCUGCUAAUUUGUUAAAAGAUUGUGGUGAAAUAGAAUUGCAUGUGCUGUGUGGAAUAGUCUUGUCCCGUAAACCACUUUUUGUGAUCGAGAUAAAGGGCGUGUUUGGCACGGAGCUUUUGGAAACGUUUGGGAGCUUCUAGCUUUUGGCUUUUGAUAAAACACUCUAGUUUAAACAAAAAGCUUCGUUUGGCAGUACGAGCGUUUAGCUUUUAGUUUUAACAAAACGCUCCGAUUCUAAAAGCUACUUCAUGUAGCGUUUAACAAACCGCUCCUGAGCUUUUGAAAUCAAUUUCCAUAAUUACCCUCAAAAAUAUAUUUAUAUAUUUAUUUAUUUUUAAUCAAUUGUCCUUUUAUGUAAUUUUAUAUAUUUCAAAAGCUUCCAGCUACUUUUGCCAAACAUUCAUAUAACAAAUAAAAGCUACAGCUUCCCGCUACCAGCUACCUGCUACAUGCUUCCAGUUACCCACUACCAGUUAACCGCUAGCCGCUACUCGCUUCCAGCUAACAGCUACUUUUACCAAACACGCCCAAAGAAAACUUGCAUAAGCAUAUAAGUUUGUGGUUACAAAUUUUUAAUUGACUUCCAAGUCUUCCAAUAUUGCAACAAGUUAUUCUUCAUUAAUUUAUGGCUUUAUAAAUGUACUAGUUACUUCAUCAUAAGAACCCAUCACUUCAUCAUCACAACUCAUCUGCCUACUUCAAUUUUCUUCUAAACUAAAAUUAAGUUAGGGUUGAUAAUGGGGAAUUGGAGGGGUUUGGGUUUCCAUCUCAUUUUCGUAUGUGUGUUUUUGUUUGCAGCCACAUAUACUUGUUUGGGGGUUGGAAAUGUUAGUGUCCUUUGCUCUGAGCAAGAGCGAGUUGCUCUCCUCAAGUUCAAACAGAGUGUUGAAGAUCCUUUUGGAAUGUUGUCAUCAUGGGUUGGAAAUGAGUGUUGCAUGUGGGAAGGAAUCCAGUGUGAUGGUGUCACUGGAAAUGUUCAACGCCUUCAUCUCAAAGGAGAUGACUACUGCCUCUUAGUCGGUAAUAAGGUGAGCUCUUCUUUGGCAGAGUUGAGGCAUCUCAAAUACCUCGACUUGAGUGGGAAUAAUUUCCUAGGAAGUCGGAUCCCUGAGUUCAUUGGAUCAUUGAAACAGCUGACCCACCUCAAUCUCUCUGAUGCUAAUUUUCAAGGUAUUAUUCCUCCUCGCAUUGGAAAUCUUUCUAAUUUAAAGGUUCUUGAUCUCAGUUCAAACGAUUAUGAGCAUGGGGAUCUUAGUGGAGCUUCUCAAUUUGAAGGCUUUUGGCCUUUUGUCACUCGAGCUUCUCAAUUUGAGUUAUGUGGAUCUUAGUGGAGCACACAACUGGGACAUGAUGCUUCACAUGAUUCCCUCCUUAAAAGAGUUAAGUUUGUCAGAUUGUAGACUUUCCAAUGUUAAUCUUGGUCCUUUUCUUAAUUCCAGUAGAAUACUUCCUAAUAUAAAACACCUCGAUCUUGGCUACAAUUUUUUCGAAGGUCCACUCCCUGGCCUUCUUCAAAACAUGACAUCCCUAACAUUCCUUAGUCUUUCGGGAUUUAAUCUUAGUUUGGCAUGGAACUUUCCAAAGCUACUAAGCAUGAUCCCUUCUUUGUCAGAGCUUCAUUUGUCAGGUUGUGGGCUGGAUAAGACGCAUCUAUCUUCUCCACAUCUGAAUUACAGUACACUUUCUAACAUCCAACACCUCGAUCUUAGCGAUAAUCCACUUGGAGGCAUAUUUCCAUCUUUUUUGACAAACAUGAGCUCCCUAGAAGUCCUUGACCUUUCAGAUACCAUGCUGAAUUCAUCGAUUCCUACUAUGCCUAAACUUCUAGAGCUUCAUCUUUCUUCUAACAAGUUUAAAGAGAUUGAGGAUGUUGGAAUCUGGAGACAGUGCCACCUGAAACAAUUGCGUGUGACAAAUAAUGUGUUCCGUAUGGAAAUGACUGACCCACCAAAAAACGCAUCAGAAUGCUCCCAAUAUUCUUUGGAGUUGCUGGAAUUAAGUCGGAGUUUAAAAGGUAGAAUUCCAGAAACACUUGGAGGACUGGCAAACUUAAGAGAUCUUGAUCUAUCAUACAACAAACUGACUGGUUCAAUCCCUGAAUCUGUAACAGGAUUAAGAUUUUUACAAGUACUUGAUCUAUCUGAAAACCAGUUGACUGGUCCCAUUCCAGAAUUCCUUGGGAAUCUUACCCAACUUGCCCUUUCUUCUAACCAAUUGAAUGGUUCAAUUCCAGAAUCCCUUGGAAAAUUAGCAUCUUUAAGUUAUUUGAAUUUACAUUUUAAUUUGUUAGAUGGGACUAUUCCGGUUUCGAUUGGGCAAGUUGCCAACCUCCGUACUCUAUAUAUCUCUAACAAUUCUUUAGAAGGAACAUUUACUGAAGCCCAUUUGGCUAACCUUUCGAUGUUGGAGUACUUGGGUACUUCUUCUAACACUAAGCUGACAUUCAAUGUUUCACGUGGGUGGAUACCUCCAUUCCAGUUGAUAUAUCUUUCUCUCAGCUCUUGCAAUAUCGGGAAUGGAUUUCCGCAGUGGCUUCGACAUCAGAGGAAACUUAAGAGCUUAGAGUUGUCCAAUGCUACACUUUCGGGGCCGCUGCCCACAUGGCUGCGGAAGAUGCCCAUCAUUCCUUAUUUAGAUCUCUCUCACAACAAACUCAGCGGAUCUUUGAAAAACCUUCCUAAUGCGGGAAAUGGUGAUGUAUAUGGGCUUUUACAUGUAUUACUUCUGGAAUAUAACCUUUUCAGUGGGUCAAUUCCAAGGUCAUUAUGCGGAAGAACAGAUUUGAAAGGGCUUGAUCUUUCAAGAAACAUGUUAAGUGGGAAAAUUCCCAACUGUGUGGGGAAUCUGCAGGGUUUGACUGCCAUGAGAUUAAGCUCAAAUCAGCUCUCUGGUGCCAUUCCUAGCUCAAUUGCUCUUAUUUCAUCAUUAUUUUGGUUAAAUUUGAACAAAAAUAACUUUACUGGUGAAGUUCCUCCAGAAUUAGGGAAUCUACAAGGUUUGGGAGUCUUAGAUUUGGGUGACAAUAAAUUAUAUGGAAAUAUACCCAAUUGGAUAGGGAAAAAACUUACAUCUUUGGUAGUUUUGAGUUUACACAAAAACAACUUCACUGGUAGAAUUCCUCCAUCUCUUUGCAAAAGUUCAAAUCUUCAAAUUUUGGAUCUUGCAUACAACAACUUAACCGGAACCAUCCCUCCGUGUGUAGGAAACUUAAAUGGCAUGGUUGUGAGUCACUUGAUAUACGAGCAUUUAGAUAUCGAUCAUGAUAAGAAUGUGAUUCAGGUCAUGAAAGGUGUUGAUCUUGAAUAUACAACAACUUGGGAUAUAGUGUUUAACAUGGACCUUUCAAGCAAUAAACUUGUGGGAGAAAUACCGGUUGAGCUAACUACACUUUCUAAGUUGGUGGGUCUGAAUCUGUCUAAUAUCAUCUGAGAGGGGGUAUUCCAGAGAGCAUUGGAAAGAUGAUGAAUUUGGAAACUCUUGAUUUCUCAAAAAACGAGUUGAGCGGGAGGAUCCCUUCAAGCAUGGCGGCUUUGACUUUUUUGAGCCAUUUGAAUUUGUCACAUAACAACUUGUCGGGUCAAAUUCCAACAGGAAAUCAACUGCAGACGCUUACUGAUGAUCCAUCAAUAUAUGCUGGGAACAAACAUCUAUGUGGACCUCCAUUGCAAAACACUUGCUCAAAUCAUCAAGAUUCAACAACAACAACAAGCAAGAAGAAACACAAAGCAGCUGAUGAGAAGAUGGAGGUAUGGUUGUUUUAUGUGGAUAUAAUGAGUGGUUUUGGAACAGGGUUUUGGGGUGUUAUUGGAGUUCUGAUGUUCAAGAAGCAGUGGAGACACAAACUUUUCAUUUUUGCUGAGGAAACCAUGGAUAAGAUAUACAUUGCAGUUGUGGUAAGAGUUGCCAAGUUCAAGAGAGGAAGAGAAUAGCUGCAUAGAUCAUGUGGAAUGCAAGUAGUUCUUGAAUGCAUGUUAUCAGUGAUAGUUUUGCUUUUGAGAUAUGCUUAUUCUAAUGUAUUACUAUUUGGAUUUUGUAUUUGUAUGGCUUUUGUGAUAUCAGUGUUGUUUAGAGGUGCUAAUUUACAAAAUUUCUUUUGGAUUUGGUAUUUAUACAUGAUGAAGUUGUAGAUUUAGAUUACUAUGUAUUUGAGUUGUAGAUUUUUUUUUUCUUUUUAAUUCUCGACCUUCUGCUGCUGCUCUCACUCCCAACAUGCGGUUGCAUCCCUCAGUUUUCCUCUACAUUGGUCCAAGUAAGUAAGAACCAUGUAACUGACUCAUUAUUUAUUUCUUCAUUUGUAAAAUUUCUAGUUUUUCAUGUAUAGAAAGAGGAUGUUUGGGUGAAAGGUGGAGUUUUGUUUUUUGUUGGAUUUGGUAUUUAGAUAAGACUAUGGUCUAGUAUGAAUCUGCAAUGGGAGUGAUCUUGGUUGAUUGUUAUGAGAUUAGAUUAGGGUUAAUCUCAUAUUUUUGUGUUUGUUUGUAUGGUGUUCAGUCUAAUUAGACAAUCACUCUGACUAACAUGAA